CACCAACCCAGGGAGACAACCAACCCCGGUCUCCCCUACUUAUUGAGGAACUGAAAAGCAAUGUUGGUUUCUUGUGUUCUGAAGCUAUCCCAAAGCUUUUCAACCACAUCUUCCUCUGUCUCCCUCCGUCGCCCAGCUCUGUCCCCUACAGUCUCUUUCCCAGAGGAGUCCGAGCCUACAGAGCUGGAGGCCAUAGAACAGGAGCUACAUGAUCUGGUGGAAAGAGAACAGGCGUUACUACAGAUACAGACAGACAACAACAUUGGACCGGAUCACAAACCACUGUCAGACUAUACAGAGGAACUCAUUGCCCCCUAUCAAGGAGUGUAUGUCCUACCGAGUAACACACCAGAGAACAUGAAACAGUACACACAGACUACACCUCCUGCUGCGCCAGAGGACAUAGUGGAGGUGGAGAAGCUCAAUAGUGACCCAGCGAUCGUCCAAUGCCCUAUCUGCGAGCAGGUCAUCACCACGGAAACGUAUCGCAAAAUAGGAGGGGCAGCCUGGAUGCUAUGCCUUGUGUCCAGCAUGUUAGGGUGUGUGGCUGGGUGCUGUCUCAUCCCCUUCUGCUUGGACAACCUAAAGGACGUCAGACAUCGAUGCCCUGAGUGUCACAGCGACAUCUACACCGCAGAACGGAUGUGAAGACAGAAUGGUACUUCUACAGAUACCAUAUCACUGGCUACUGUUUAUUUGGUAUUGGAUGGAGAGGGACAUUGAAUGGAGUGGUUGGAUGGGCGUUAUGCCCUCUGAACUGUGGGACAUUAGAAGGCGAGAGACUGGACAGCUCUAAUGACACCUGGUGGCAGAUGCUGUACAGUACUGUGUUAUGAUCACAGUUUGAGUGGAUGGAGAUUGACUGUUGUUGGGGUGAUAAUUUCUUUCUUGAAAAAGUUGGGAGGAUGAUCCUAAAAAAGCACUAUGAAUCUCAAGCAGUGUCCAGCUGUGACAGCAUUUGGUUCUAUCAACGGUGCAGAAUCCAACAGAACCUGAGAAGACUUUCUGACCAAAAUUAUGGACUGGAAUAACACAUACUGAAAGAAUAUAGCGUUCCUUGCUUCAUUAUCUGUAGAACAUAUGUUUGUAUAUUCUGAGAGAAAAUGUUUCUACCAGAGACCGUAUGAGAACAUGAUCAUUGAAGCCUAAUCAACGCAUUGGUCAUGCAAAUGUCAAAGGGAAAGCAGGUGAUGCAUUGACAGUAAGCCAUUUACCACACAACCACCUAGGAUUUAUGAAAAUGAAGACAAACAUUUACCAGCAAGCAACAAUAGCCUGUAUAUUCUACUUCCCUCUUUCUUUACAGUGACAAAGGUCAACGUAAGUGAAUUAACCUGGCAAAUGUUGUGAACUGUCAUUUUCUAUUUUCCUUUCAAGUGUUUUGUUUAAUCUUGUGGAACUACAGAACAUCAAAUCUAAUAAUGCCUCAAAAUGCUUACUACUUUUAUAUAGUACAAUUAUACAACGGAGUAUGAUGCUGUGUUUGUUUUUGACAGCUUAACAUAAUUUCAAAAGAUAUUCACAGUAGAACUUUACUUUAACAAUAAUCUCAGCAGCCCAGGACAAAACCUCACGUGAGCGCUGGCCUCCAGCCGCAGAUGUUAGGAGAGACUUUCACAAUGCACCACAUUUUAUUGACACAAAAGGCAUUCAGUACAUAUAUGUUUUCAUAUUAUUUACAAAAUAGAUAAUGGAUGUGCUACACAUGUAUAAAAAUAUGCAUGACAAGUGUGUACACAAUGUGCAAAAUGUAUGUAUGGUGUACAGAUGACAGACUUGACAGUGCACGCGUCUGUGUGUGUGUGUGUGUGUGUGUGGGGGGGUCUUAGUACACUGAACAAAAAUAUAAAACACAACAUAUAAAAUGUUGGUCCCAUGUUUCAUGAGCUGAAAUAAAAUAUCCCAGAAAUAUUCCAUACCCACAAAAAGCUUUCCUCUUUCAAAUGUUGUGUUAGUGAGCAUUUCUCCUUUGCUAAAAUAAUCCAUCCACCUGACAGGUGUGGCAUAUCAAGAAGCUGAUUAAACAGCAUGAUCAUUACUAAGGUGCAUCUUGUGCUGGGGACAAUAAAAGGGAGCGUGCAAUUGGCAUGCUGACUGCUGGAAUGUCCACCAGGGUGGUUGUCAGAGAAUGGAACGUUCAUUUCUCUACCAUAAGCAGCCUAAACGUCGUUUUAGAGAAUUUGGCAACCAGCCUCACAAGCACAGACCAGGUGUAACCACGCCAGCCCAGGACCUCCACAUCCGGUUAGACCAGGUGUAACCACGCCAGCCCAGGACCUCCACAUCCGGUUAGACCAGGUGUAACCACGCCAGCCCAGGACCUCCACAUCCGGUUAGACCAGGUGUAACCACGCCAGCCCAGGACCUCCACAUCCGGUUAGACCAGGUGUAACCACGCCAGCCCAGGACCUCCACAUCCGGUUAGACCAGGUGUAACCACGCCAGCCCAGGACCUCCACAUCCGGUUAGACCAGGUGUAACCACGCAAGCCCAGGACCUCCACAUCCGGUUAGACCAGGUGUAACCACGCCAGCCCAGGACCUCCACAUCCGGUUAGACCAGGUGUAACCACGCCAGCCCAGGACCUCCACAUCCGGCUUCUUCACCUGCGUAACCAUCUGAGACCAGCCAACCGGACAGCUGAAGAAAUUGCGGGUCUGAACAACCGAAUAAUUUCUGAACAAAAGGUCAUAAAUGGUCUCAGGAAAGCUCAUCAGCGUGCUCGUGGCCCUCAGAGUCUUGACCUGACUGCAGUUUGGGCGUCGUAAAAGACUGCAGUGGGCAAAGGCACACCCUCGAUUCCCACUGGUGCUAAUCAUGGUUGAAUCACGGUUUCAACUGUACCGGGUAGAUGGCCGAUGUGUGGGUGAGAGGUUUUCUGAUGUCAACGUUGUGAACAGAGUGCCCCAUGGUGGCGGUGGGGUUAUGGUAUGGGCAGGCAUAAGCUAUGGACAACAAACACAAUUGCAUUUUAUUGAUUGCAAUUUGAAUGCACAGAGAUCCCGCGGCUCAUUGUCGUGCCAUUCAUCCGCUAUCAUCACCUCAUGUUUCAGCAUGAAAAUACACAGCCCCUGUCAGAAAGAUCUGUAUAGAAUUUCUGGAAACUGGAAAUGUCCCAAUUUCUCCAUGACCUGCAUACUCAGACAGGUCACCCAUUGAGCAUUUUUGGGAUGCUAUGGAUCGAUGUGUAUGACAGCAUGUUCCAGUUCCCACCAAUAUCCAGAGGAGUGGGACAACAUGCCACAAUCAACAGCCUGAUCAACUCUAUGUGAAGGAGAUGUGUCACACUGCCUGAGGAAAAUGGUGGUCACACCAGAUACUGACUGGUUUUCUGAUCCACACCCCUACCUUUUAAGGUAUCUGUGACCAACAGACACACAUCUGUAUUCCCAGUCAUGUAAAAUCCAUAGAUUAGGGCCUAAUGAAUGUAUUUCAAUUGACUGAUUUCCUUAUAUGAACUAAAAUCUUUGAAAAUGUUGCGUUUACACUUUUGUUCAGUGUAGUUACAUUUCAGACAAAGAACCAGGGUUGAACGGGAGACAGUACCACACAGAAGACACAGAAUUAGGUAAGGCCGAAAUCAAUCAAUAUCCGCUUGCAAUGAUCAACACGAUGACAUCUUGUUAUGAGAUAGCGACAACACAAAUGAACCAGUGCUGUAAGUGUAAGGCUAUAGCCUUAUUGCUUCACUAACAUCCUAUUAACAGUAGUAGUACACAGGUUUGACAUGAUUCAGAAUCUAAAUGAUUUAGAAUCCAACUGUCAUAUUUUACAGCAUACCCAUGUAUAUAGAUGCAUUUGGCCAUAUAUUUCUGGUAUGGGUGGUAAAAAAAAACAUUUACAGUAAUCUUCCUCUUGCAUAUAUACAGAAAAAGCUAUUGAUUUUAGAACAGAAAAAUGUGAUAAAUACAAUUUUAAAAAAGUGGCAACAAUAGAUUUUCACCAAUGUUUCACUGCCUUAUUAGGCAACAAUUGAAAAACAAAUAAUUCCUUGAUAGCCCUAAACCACAGUUACAAGCAUCUGGUUCCUAAUGGUAACAGACAGUGUGUACAGUAUUUGGCAUUAUUACCUGCCUAUAUGUUAUCCUUAGUGUUUGACUUGUUGGAUAAGAAUGAUUGUUCAAACAUCAAAAUAAAGCCAUGAUAUUCCAAAGUGCUAUACAGUACAACCGUAUUAGUUCUAUACAAUAUUGUUCAGAAUAAUAUUUGGAUUGAGAUGCUGAAUACUACUAAAGUCGUUUGACAUGAUAUGCCAGGUAGAACUACACAA